ACUAUUCAAUUCUCUUUUCGCCUUCUGCUCCACCCACCGCCGGCAAAUUCCCCUUUCUGUCCUCUUCCCCGCUAACCCUGCCACGUGUACUCGGCCCCACACACUGCCGGUACUACUUCCCGCAUUUAACCCUUUCCACCCCCCUUCCCUCUCUUCUCUUCCAUCUCUCGCAAAAUCGUCGUCGCUCUAAUUAUCCGGCGAUACAAACACUGGACGGAAAGCUGGUGAUGCUAGAUUGAUUGAUCGAUUGGUGCUUCGAUCAUCACGAAUUGGUUGCUGGUGAUCGAAAAUUGGGGAUGUCGGGACCCUUGGAUCGGUUUGCUAGGCCUUGCUUUGAGGGUUCAUCUGGUAAUGAUGAGAGGAGGGAAAGAAAGUCUGAUUUCGAGAAUUCUGAAGAUGAACGAAGAACAAGAAUUGGUUCUUUGAAAAAGAAAGCACUCAAUGCAUCCACUAAGUUCAAGCAUUCUCUCAAGAAGAAGAGCAGUAGAAGAAAGAGUGAUGGUAGAGUCAGUUCUGUUUCAAUUGAAGAUAUCCGGGAUGCUGAGGAAUUACAAGCUGUAGAAUCAUUCCGACAAGCCUUGAUAUUGGAUGAGUUGCUCCCAGAGAAGUUUGAUGAUUACCAUAUGAUGUUGAGGUUCCUGAAAGCAAGGAAAUUUGAUAUUGAAAAGUCAAAGCUCAUGUGGGCUGAUAUGAUUCAGUGGAGGAAAGAAUUUGGUACUGACACUAUCACGGAGGAUUUUGAGUUCAAAGAGUUGAAUGAAGUUCUGAAGUAUUAUCCCCAUGGCUAUCAUGGAGUUGAUAAAGAGGGAAGGCCAAUAUACAUUGAGAGACUAGGGAAAGUUGACCCAAACAAACUUAUGCAAGUUACAACUAUGGACAGGUAUAUAAAAUAUCAUGUGAAAGAAUUUGAGAGAAGCUUUGCCAUUAAGUUUCCAGCUUGUACCAUAGCUGCGAAGCGACAUAUUGAUUCAAGCACGACUAUUUUGGAUGUUCAGGGUGUGGGUCUGAAAAACUUUACCAAGAGUGCACGGGACCUCAUUACACGUCUUCAGAAGAUUGAUGGCGAUAAUUAUCCUGAAACACUCCAUCAAAUGUUCAUUAUCAAUGCUGGUCCAGGUUUCAGGCUACUGUGGAAUACUGUAAAGAAUUUUAUAGAUCCCAGGACUGCCACUAAGAUUCAUGUUCUUGGAAACAAAUACCAGCACAAGUUGCUUGAAAUUAUUGAUGCCAGCCAAUUGCCAGAAUUCUUGGGAGGAACAUGUACCUGUGCAGAUCAAGGUGGAUGCCUUCGCUCUGAUAAAGGACCAUGGAAGAAUCCAGAUAUACUUAAGAUGGUGCUUAAUGGUGAAGCACGGCGUGCAAGGCAGGUUGUUAAAAUCAUCAACAGUGAUGGGAAGGUAGUGUUCGCUAAGCCUCAUUAUCCAAUGCUAAAAGGCAGUGAUACUUCUACAGCAGAGUCCGGAUCUGAAGCUGAAGAUAUUGCAUCACCAAAAGCCACUAGGAGUUAUUCACACCUUCGGUUGACUCCAGUGCGUGAGGAGGGUAAGGCUAUUGGAACAGCUGCCUAUGCUGGUAACUUCUCAGGAUAUGACGAGUAUGUUCCUAUGGUUGACAAGGCUGUUGAUUCUGGAUGGAAGAAGCCAAUGCCUCCCCCGAAGCUUUAUGUUUCUAGAGAGAUGUUUUCACCACCCGACUCUCAGAAGGCCGAAGAAGGAUUUCGUGCUCGACUCUUGGCUGCUCUCAUGACAUUCUUCAUGUCAAUAUUGUUGUUUUUCCGAUCAAUAUCAUGCCGUGUUACCAAAAGACUUCCGGACACAUCAUCACAGCAUGAGCACAUCAUUCAGGAAUUUUCUUUUGACACGCCCAAGGAGGAGUUCAGACCACCAUCUCCAACACCAUCUUUUACAGAAGCAGAACUCUUGUCUUCUGUCAUGAAGAGAUUGGUUGAGCUUGAAGAUAAGGUCAAUACUCUUCAAGCAAAGCCAUCUGAGAUGCCAUAUGAGAAAGAAGAACUCCUGAAUGCUGCUGUUUACCGAGUUGAUGCCCUGGAAGCAGAGUUGAUUGCCACCAAAAAGGCUCUGUAUGAGGCUCUGAUGAAACAAGAAGAACUGCUUGCUUACAUAGACAGUCAAGAAGAUGCCAAAUAUCGGAAGAAGAAGUUUUGCUGGUGAGAUGUGUCAUUUUUGGAGCUUUGACGGUUGAGAUAUGUUGUGCUGUAUGAGGCUCACCGGACCUUCAUAGUCUUGAGUUGUGAUCGAAGAUGUAAAAUUUCGUCGAUCAAGCAUACCUUAUGGUGUGGAACUAUACUGAAUGUUGCAUAUAUGAUCUGGAAACUCUACUGGUGUGAUUUAAGAUUUGUUUGUUUGAGAGAGAUCCUCUCCUUUCGAUGAUGUUUGAUACCUUGUCUUGUGAACUAUACAUACAUGAUUUGGAAACUUCAACCAUUGUGGUUUUA